UCUACAAACCUCUCAAUAUACAACACCAUCAUAUUUCACUGAUAACGACGACCACGAAAUGACUGAAAACCUCGUUUACGACUAAAUGCGUGAAGGAAGCACGAAACAAAGGCUGUGAUCCUGAAACAAAGGAAAGACGCAUCUGACUUACGAGCGAUGCUGACACGCACUAGAUUCUCCGUUUAAUGACACGAAUUUUUCUGUUCUUUUGGGGUUUAUAUGUUCGGUGUAAAGUCAUGAGUGUGUGUGAUGGGCUGGGUGGUGUUAUAUCGAUGGGCUGGAUGGAGGAGUGAGGCGUGAUCUCUCAUCAUUAGGGUACCACUGCACACAACGCGCUCUUGGGCUUCGCCGUCACACUUCGCACUUUUUUGUCAGCAUCGCACAACCAACAUCAUACGCGAUAAUGUAGACUCAUCUAGUGUCGUUGGUUUGUGUGAAUAUUCUCUGGAUAGCUUUACUGUCAUAUUAGUGUCGGAAACCCGCGCUGGGCGAGGUGUGCAUCAUGAAAUUCCCGUUAGAAAACCCAAGGAAGCAAGUGAAUUGGGACCCGGAACAAGUGGCUGUUCAGACGAACAUAAUCCCACCAAAGAAGGUCCAGGCCGGUGGGGUUCAGGCCAGUCUGGUUCAGGCCAGCGUGGCCGCCAUACAGAACCCGAUGGGCUGCGACACGUCCGUGAACGGUCACUGUCUUCUGCCACGUCUCUCCAUCACCUCUCGAUCGGUCAGCGUGGUCGCAGGAAUAGACUCCGGAGCGGACGGAUCGGCUCCACACACCGUCAUGAAAUGGAAAACGGUCCUGGCUGUGUUCGUGGUGGUGGUGGUCUAUCUGGUGUGCGGCGGUCUGGCCUUCUGUGCGCUGGAGCAACCCUUCGAGAGUAACCAGAAAGACAACAUCACGCAAGAGAAAGCCUCGUUUCUACAGAGGAACCCCUGCGUCUCCCCGGCAGAGCUGGAGGAUCUUAUUAAGCAUGCGGUGGAUGCGGUCAGCGCUGGAGUGAGUCCCAUUGGAAACACAUCCCAUAAUUACAGUCACUGGGACCUCAGUAGCGCAUUCUUCUUCGCCGGGACCGUCAUCACCACUAUAGGCUACGGAAACAUCGCUCCCAGCACCGAGGGAGGAAAGAUUUUCUGCAUCCUCUACGCCAUAUUUGGAAUCCCUUUGUUCGGCUUCCUGCUGGCUGGCAUCGGUGAUCAGCUCGGCACCAUGUUUAUAAAGAGCAUCUUAAAGGUGGAAAAGAUAUUCAGGCAGAAACACAAGCAGAUCAGUCAGACGAAAAUCCGCGUCACCUCCACCAUUCUCUUCAUUCUGGCGGGCUGUAUCGUGUUUGUCACCAUACCGGCGUUCAUCUUCAAACACAUCGAGGGCUGGAGUACUUUAGAAGCCAUAUACUUUGUUGUUAUAACUCUGACCACGGUCGGCAUCGGAGAUUAUGUUGCGGGUGGGGACCAUGUAAAAGAGUACAUGAAAUGGUACAAACCUCUGGUGUGGUUCUGGAUUCUGGUGGGUCUGGCGUACUUCGCAGCCGUUCUCAGCAUGAUAGGAGACUGGCUCAGGGUUCUGUCCAAGAAAACAAAAGAGGAGGUUGGGGGGUUUAAGGCUCAUGCAGCUGAAUGGAAGGCAAACGUCCGAGCAGAGUUACGAGAGACACGCAGACGUCUCAGCGGCGAGAUCCACGACAAACUCCAGCGAGCCGCCACCAUCCGCAGCAUGGAGCGCAGACGUCUGGGUCUGGAGCAGCGCGCUCACUCGCUGGACAUGCUGUCGCCGGAAAAAAGAGCUGUCUUCGCCAGCCUGGACGCCGGCCGCUUCAAGACCUCCUCUCAGGAGAGCAUCGACACCAAACUCAACAACCUCCGACUCAAAGCCGAGGCCGGCGGACAGCAGACGUCCUCGGAGGAAAACAUCUUCAACCGCUUCGGCUCGCUCACUAAACUGGCCAAGCGCAACAGGAGCAAAGAUCUCCGCAGGAACAUCCCAGAAGACACGGGCAGAGCCGGCGAGGUCGUCAGCAGUAACAGCAGCAACAUCACACUGGGAGAAGACAGAAGACAAGAUGAAGAGGAGACGACAGAGGAGAAGACGGAAAAGGAGGCAAACACCAGCUACACCUGUUUGCCGCACUAUUCAGAGGAAUCCAAAGAGCAGAACGGUUUUGCACCGGCUCAGGCCAAAGAACAAGAGAGAAACAAAAGACUCGAGCAGAAAGAACAUCAGCCUUAGAAAGAGCCAAGACAGCAGAAGGCAAAGGGUCAAAGAAAUCAUUCACCUUCCUUCUUCUGUAGAACCUGAAAAAAGAAAUGACAACAGAAGCGUGGUUUCGUUUCUCAAGUCAGCUGUGAGAAACACAACGUUUCAAAAACAUGAGUGGAGAUUCACAUGACAAAGUGUUUUUAUACAGAGAGGAAAGGUCAAGGGGGUUUGGAACAACAACAUUUUAUUUCAGGGUGAAUUUUUUCUUUAACCAAUGUCAGAAAAUGUGCCUUUCUGUUCCUUGACUCAUUGCGAUGAGCUGCUGUUUGUGUCCAAAUGAACAUUUCCAAAUUGCCAAAAGGACACACAGAGAUGAAACGUCAUCUUACGCAAAACUACUGUAGAGGUUUUUACAACGGGAGAACUCGGACAUCACCAAAGCCUCUCUGGGUUGUGUUUAGCUGACGGUAAAUUAAAGCAUCUUGGGAAUGAAAAACCUGCAGUAGAAUCUCCUGACCGGCUGCUCUCAUGAAUCAGAGGAAUCUGGGAUCUGUGAAGGAUGUUGAAAGAGAAUCAACAUACUGUAAACUUGAUAGACUUAACCUAGAACAAUUCAUAUUUGGGGAACUGAAGAACUGGAGGUGUUUAUGAGCGUGUCUGUUUUUUGAAAGGAGUGUUCUGUGUUUAAUGCUUGUGAGGCUCAACGUGACAGGCUGUCCGUUUCAGUUCGGUUUCAAUUGAUUUAUAAAGCACUAUUCAAACAACAGGGCAUUGUACCAAAGUGCUGUACAACCGUCAAUCAAUAAUACAGUCCAAAAAUCCUAGCAGUCAUAAAAACAGACAAGGACACAAUAAAGUGAUUAAGAACACGACUCAAGCCUCUACACUCACACAAGAUACAGAAAGGACAUACACCUUCAAGCAACUCUUCAAAGAACUUAAAGUUGGGGCAAGUCUGAUAUAAGAUGGUAGGCUGUUCCACCUCUUUGGUGCAACCACUGCAACCCUUCGCUUGUACCUGGUCCUCGGGACACAUAGAACCCCUUGUUCUGCAGAUCUUAAAGACCUAGGUGGCUUGUAAACCUGAAGAAGCUCAGACAGAUAGGGCGGGGCUAGUCCAUUUAGACCCUUAUAGACAAAAACUAAAAGUUUAAAAUCUAUUCUAGCUUGGAUUGGUGACCAACUUAAAGAAGCCAGUACAGAAACGUGGUCGCACUUGCGGGUCGCCGGCACCAAAAAUCUGUUGCAGCCGUUUUACGGCAGUUUGGCAAACACCCACAUAUAGGGAGUUACAAUAAUCAAGUCGAGAACAACAAGAACAUCAUUUUAGUUCAACCCUCAGUUUAUCACACAGAGAUGAUGUUUACACUAAUGCAUUUACAACGGAAGUGUGUGAAGCUGAACAUUACACGUGUCAACACGAGAACCAGUGACUAACCAUGUGUGUGCAUUGAUACCAUAAACAUCAACAAACAUAAACAUCUGUUUACACAUCCUAACACAUGUAUCCUCUGAAGAAAAGUCAAACGUACACUUUUAAUACAAACACUUAACAAGGACACAAGCUGCAUAUCUCUUCUGUACAGUAAGUACAUUACAGUAUACUGUACAUGAUUGUUAAAGUGAGUUUUCUGUCUAUUAAACGCCGCGUUCACAUAUCAACAAAUGUGUAAACGUAAUAAUCCAAUGUCUUGUUGAUAAACAAGAUGGUUAUGCAGAUGAAAACAAGAGUGAAAGCUGUCUGUACCACAGGAUGGAUUCAAGCUGUAAAACAGACCUCAGGGAAAAAUAAUAAAAGGAAAUGUGCCCGUUUAAACAGAGCAUUUCAUUCACAAUCCCAUCACACGUCUGUCUUUGCACUGAGGACAGAUUAUAUUUUUUCACCUGAUAUUAAUGUUGUAAGAUUCUUCUCACACAGAAGAAUUUUUCCACCAUAUACUGUAACUCCGUUAUUGGAUGACUAAAGUAAGUCAUUAAUCCAUUACAAUGAACACAUCAUUCAAGGCAAACCUAUGACACAAUUAAUGUAAAUGUCAUUAAUGAAAGCAUGGACACCAGUUAUAUAAGAUGAUGUAAGUCCAUGUUUUUAACUAGAAUUAUAGUGUUUACUGUAGUGAAAGCAUGAUUACUUUUUUAGGGUGCUACAUUUUAAACAACACAGAACAUUUCAAUAAACAAUGAAUGUAAACAGAACCUGUUAAUGAAUCAAGAGAUUGAUUUAUACCUGUAAUACUUAUAAUUUAUAUAGAUUUAUAAUUGCAAUACCCGCACGUGCAGUUUACGAAUGUACCCCAGGUAAAGGGGCGUGGUCAGCUGUGUCCAGGCGACGCGCGUUUCAUGCAUAGACUGUAUAAAAUAUGGCUGUGACGUCACCCGUAGGUUUGUGAAGAGUAAAAGUGAAGCCUAAAGUUCUAAUGGCCAAAUUUCACAAUCAUAAAUGUAAAUAUUUAGAAAAGUAACCAUAUUUUUUAGUAUUUGAAAAUGAAGUAAAACAUUAUUGUGAAUCCAUAAUGCCCUCAAAGAAUCCAAAGUCAAUAAGAAUUGUACGAGCUUGUGCACUUCUUGAAGUAUUCCAAUAAUAUUGUUUGUAUCUUCCCCUAGCAUGAUAUGUAAUCUGAUGUUUCUUGUUUCUAUUGCUAUGUGGAUGUUAUACAAAAAAAGUGAAGCCUAAAGUAGGCGGAGCCGGUCGUCGCCAUCUUGGCAUCGCGCGUCACUCCCGGAUAAUCGAACAUGGGCAAAGAGGCAAAAACAAACCACGCCCGCCAAGCUCGACGUAUUGGCGGUUGACAUUUAAACGUUUACAGCGGUUUACACGCCCUUAAUUAUGCAGAAUUUUAAGGCUUAAUAUAAUCUAAAUGGAUGAGUUAUAAAAAAUUCACCCCCCUCGCAGUUGUCAUGAAGGGCAAAAUGACCUAUAUAGACCAAAAUAUUUUUGUGUACCAGGCUGUAAGCAUGUUUUUUUGUGUGUGCUGUAAAAUUGGCCAUUUUAACAUGGGGCUCAAUGAGAUUCCGCUCUGUUUUCGAGCCAGUCUCUAGCGGCCAGUCGAUGAAUUGCAGUUUUAGUCACUUCCGUGUUGGUUUCACGAGAGAGACCAGAAGAUUAAUUGCCCCUUGGUUUCAUCUAAGGUUUG